UUGAGGAUACACUUUCAGACUUAUAAUUCUUAGCACACACUUCUUUCAUAGUUUCUUUUGUUUAAUACAAGGCUGCGAGCUAUUAUAUGGUCACUCUGAACUUGAUUGGGUGCAGGUUGAUAAUAUGACUUUAAUUCAGAGAAAAACUAUUGGCCUAGCACUUUCUAUAAUUUUGACCUUAAGGUUGCCUCAAGUUCCUGAUAAACUCGACCAGAUUCUGAGUGCUUGUACCAGUGUGAUAAUGGGUGGUAAUGAGGACUUGUCAGAGGGUGAGUCCAGUGGUGAUUACAUGACUUCCAUCAGGCCUCAAAUUGAAGGAACUGUUCUGAGUAAAGAGUUCAAGAAGAGGCAGAUCAAAGCCUCGGAUCCAAUCAGUCAGAUGUCCUUAGAGAAUGCAGUGAGAGACAACCUUCAAACGUGUGUUGCCCUUCAUGGAGAUGCCUUUAAUGCUGCAAUAAAUAGAAUGCAUCCUGCUGCACUGGCUCAAAUGAAGGAAGCAUUGAAGAUGUCAUAGCAAAGCAACUGAAAUUGCCUGUUGUCAACGUAGUUACUCCUUGCAAUUUUUGAUUCUCAUGCUUGGGGUUGAUGAGAUUACAUCCCGUGAGUUGAUAUAUCUAUUUGUGCGUGUAGAUUUCAUUGCCAAUUUUUAAUGGCGAGUUUGUUGCAUGUAGCCAAUUCUUUACGAUUCUUUCCCAUUUGUGUCGGGGAUUUCUCUCCAUAUUAUUUUUACUUAGAAUCAUCCUGUUCGUCAUGCUGCUUGGCGAUAGGAACUUUGGUCAUAGGCAUUUGAUAGAAAAGCGCACGCAAAUUAUGUAAUGAACUCAAAUUGUGUUAUAUCAUGUGUUAAAAAAUCAUAAUGAUUUGAUUACAUUAAA